UGCAACCUCACGUGAGAGAUUUCCAGGACAAUUAUUGCGACUUGGGACCCAAUAUUAAGCUCACUGUCCAUCAGCAAACCCCUCCUCAUCUUUGAAUUACCUCCAUACUCCUCCAGAGUCUAAUCGGCCCACUCAUUGGAACAAGUCAGUCACUUCUCCUUUGCAACCUGUAGAACCCCAUUUCACUCCGUUUCCAGUUCAAUUCCCUAUCUUUACAAGUAAACUUCCGCUACGUUCAACUUCUGAUAGAAAGAAAGAUCUCCCUCUGUAAAGGUUUAAAAGUUUUAGUUUUUUGAAUCAUGGGGACUGAUUCGGCUUUGAAUUCCACAAAGCCUACACAAAGACCUACUCAAGAAGAAGACUCACAUAACUCAUCCACUGCUCUUCUCUCUUUUGACAAUGAUUGCUCUGAUCCCUCCAAUCCUUCUCAGAAACGCACCACCACCAUCAUCUUCAUCUCUCUCCUCCUCAUCACCUGCAUUGCCCUCUCUGCUGCCUCUGCCUUCGCUUUCCUCUUCUUCUCCACUACUUCGUCUUCUUCUUCUUCUUGGCCUGCACCUGCGCAGACAUCGUCUCCUAUCGAAACGACGUCACGUGCAUUAAUCAAGUUCAAUCACCCUGUGGUUAUCUUGAUUUCUUCCGAUGGGUUCCGGUUCGGGUACCAAUUCAAGACUCCAACGCCCAACAUUCACCGUUUGAUCGCCAAAGGGACUGAGGCCGUGACGGGUUUGAUUCCAGUAUUUCCUACUCUUACUUUCCCUAAUCAUUACUCAAUUGUUACUGGGCUUUACCCUGCUUAUCAUGGCAUUAUCAACAACCGUUUUGUCGAUCCAAUCACUGGUGAAGUCUUUACUACGAGAAGCCACGAGCCCAAGUGGUGGCUUGGUGAGCCACUCUGGGAGACUGUGGCCAAUCAUGGGUUAAGGGCUGCUGCCUAUUUUUGGCCUGGUUCUGAGGUGCAUAAAGGUUCUUGGAAUUGCCCUGAAGGGUUUUGUAUGUUUUAUAAUGAGUCGGUUCCAUUUGAGGAACGGGUCGAUAAGAUUUUGAGCUAUUUUGAUUUGCCUAGCGCUGAAAUUCCUGUGUUUAUGGCACUGUAUUUUGAGGAUCCUGAUCAUCAGGGCCACCAGGUGGGACCUGAUGAUCCAGAGAUAACUGAAGCUGUUUCUGGAAUUGAUAAGAUGAUUGGGAGGUUGAUUAAUGGGCUAGAAAAGAGAGGGGUUUUUGAGGAUGUUCAUAUUAUUAUGGUGGGCGAUCAUGGCAUGGUUGGUACAUGUGAUAAGAAGUUGAUAUUUCUGGAUGAUUUGGCCCAUUGGGUCAAAAUUCCAGCUGAAUGGGUACAGUACUAUACUCCAGCGCUCUCAAUUCGCCCCCCUCCGGGUGUGUCACCAUCGAGCGUUGUUGGGAAGAUAAACGAAGGAUUGCAGUCGGGAAAAGUUCAGAACGGAAAGCAUUUGAAAGUGUAUCUUAAGGAGGAGCUGCCUAGUAGGCUUCAUUAUUCGGCAAGUGACAGAAUUCCACCGAUAAUAGGGCUGGUUGAAGAGGGUUUUAAGGUGGAAGAGCAGAGAUCAAAACAUCAAGAAUGUGGAGGAGCACAUGGCUAUGACAAUGCAUUUUUCUCCAUGAGGACGAUCUUCAUUGGUCACGGUCCGCAGUUUGCAAGGGGACGAAAGGUGCCAUCUUUUGAGAAUGUUCAGAUAUACAACUUGGUUACUUCAAUUCUCAAUAUUAAGGGUGCUCCCAAUAAUGGGUCUCUAUCAUUCCCAGGAUUUGUUCUUUUGCCUACUCCUAAGUAAGUGGUGGGCAAUUUUAUUGUGACGCCACAUAAGCAUAUAUUUCUCAAGAACGAUGUUUAUAGAUGUAUGUAUUAUGGUAGUGCAGAAGGUAAUUGAAUUAGUAUUGAUCCUUGCAAUUGUUGAUCAUGCCCAGCUAUGUUAUCACUUAGUUCAAACAUUUCAUCUGUUUUGAGCUGCAGAUAAAUGAGUGGAACCUAGUAUGUAAAAUUAUUGAAUGUGUACUUUGUUAGCCUGCCACUUUGGUCUUUGUUUAGCCAGAAUUAAUAGCAAUUAAAGGACCCGAUUUUCA